AUGUCAUCGUUGCAAGUCAUAAUUUUGUCUCUUCUUACAUUAUUUGUGAAUUUUUCGACUUCUUACCGAAUAUUGGUUAUUUACCCAUCACCUUCAUACUCGCAUCAAAUCGUACAAUUGGCUGUUUCUGAAGGCUUAGCGGAUGCAGGACAUCAAAUUACACUCAUCACUCCGUUAGAAUUGAAGACAAAUUCGAACAUAACUCAAAUUGUGGUUCAACCUGUUGCGGAUUUAUGGAAGAAUCUUGAUUUUUCAAAGGGAUUAACGGACAAGCAAUUUGCUGAUUUGAUCACGAAUGUCGUUCCUCGCAUCAUGCACAUCAUUUUAAUGGAUCCUAAAGUGAUAAAAUUGCUUAAAAACGAGGAAAAGCUCAAAUACGACGCUGUAAUUGUUGAAAAUUUGGGUUACAUUCCAAGUCAUGCGUUUGCCGAGCAUUUUAACGCCACGCUAAUUGGUCUAACCUCGCUCGAAAUGUUCCCUGAAAUGCACAUGGCGAUGGGAAAUCCAGGACAUCCUUUGUUACAUCGUUCGUACCUUUUCAAAACCCCGUCUGAGGGAUUUUUUAAUAGAAUUCUCUCGUUUUACUCUACUCUUCGACAUCAUUUUUGGUUUUACCAAAAAUACAUUCCCGCCAACGAUUGGGUUUUAGAACAGCAUUUCGAUAAAAAAUGGAAAUCACGCGAUUUGUUGAGCCGAAUGGAUUUUGCGAUUGAAGGUCAGAGCGCUGUUUUAGCGAAUACGAGACCAAUUCUGCCAAAUACAGUUCAAAUUAGUUUCUUACAUGUGAAGGAAGUGAAGCCCUUACCUGCUGAUAUUCAAAAGUUUUUGGAUAAUUCAAAGCAUGGAGUAAUUUACGUCAGUUUCGGGUCGAAUGUUAAAAGUAGUUCUCUGAAAAAAGAAACGUUAAAUGAAUUAAUUGAAACUUUUAAAGCAGUAAAGUACGAUAUUUUGUGGAAAUUUGAAGCUGAUAAUUUAGAAAAUAAGCCGAAAAAUGUCAAAAUUGGAAAAUGGAUGCCACAACAAGAUAUUUUAGCUCACAAAAACGUCAAGCUCUUUAUCAUGCAAGGAGGCAUCCAAUCUCUCGAAGAAACAAUCGCCAGAGGAGUUCCUGUCAUCGUCAUUCCUUUCUUCAGUGAUCAAGAAGCAAAUGCUGAAAAAGUAAUCGACCUUCAAAUCGGCGAAAGGCUCAACAUUGCAGAUUUAUCGAAGGAACUCCUUCUAAAAAAGAUAAAUCUCGUCAUUGAAGGCCCUUACAAAGAAAACAUCAAAAAAUUGGGAGAUGUAGUUCGAGAUACUCCAAUGCCUCCUGUCAAAACUGCCGUUUGGUGGAUCGAAUAUGCCAUCAGAAAUCGGGGAGCUGCCCAUUUGAAGUACAAAGGUGCUUCAAUGUCAUUUUCGGAAUUCUUCCUACUUGAUGUUAUCUUGUUUCAUUUAUCGCUUUUUAUUGUUCUUACUUGUGCCUCAUACAAAAUUCUCGUAAUACAUCCAACUCCGUCAAUAAGUCAUCAAUUAGCUCCUCAUGCGAUCAUUAAGGGACUUGCUGCUGCUGGUCAUGAAGUGACUUUUGUAACUUCUAUCCCAAUUAAGACUGAUUCUCCGAAUAUUCGUCAUGUGCAUCUUGAAUAUCUUCAUGAACUAUGGAAGAAAUUUGAUUUUUCCAAUGGAAUGGGAAUCCUUGAGUUCUUUAACUUAAUUCAAACUGAAGCGCCCCCUAUGGUUGACAGCAUUUUUUCCUUUCCCGCCGUCAAAAGUAUCUUAAACAGGGAGAAUGGGGAGGAAUUUGACGCUGUAAUGGUUGAAAAUGUCGGUUAUGUUCCCUUAAAUGCCGUCGCUGAGCAUUUUAAUGCAACACUGAUCGCCAUAACGACAAUGGAAACACCUCCGCAACAACUUCGAGCAGUUGGCAACCCCGUUCAUCCGAUUUUACAAUCAGCUGCGAACUUGGGUUUACCUAAAAAUCCUUCAUUACUGCAAAAAAUCGCUUCAGUUUACGCAAGUUUAAUAAUGGAUGCUUGGUAUUACAAUGUUUUCAUUCCAAGUAACGAUUGGGUAAUUCGAAAACAUUUUGACACGAAGCUAUCUGGUUAUGAACUCAUGCAACGAGUUGACUUAACGAUCGAAGCUCAAUCCCCAAUCCUCGAUAACACAAAACCAUUGUUGCCAAAUACAGUUCAAAUUAGUUCGUUACACAUCCAGCCAGUGAAGGAGUUGCCAAUUGAUCUAAAAAAUUAUUUUGAUCAGUCAAAAAAUGGCGUCGUCUAUGUUAGUUUCGGGUCGAAUGUCAAAAGUGCUUCCAUGAGUCACGAUAAAAGAGAGGCUUUGUUGAAAACUUUCGCUGCUUUGCCUUAUGAUAUUCUGUGGAAGUUUGAAAGUGAUCAAAUUACGAAUUUGACGAAAAAUGUUAAGAUUUCAAAAUGGCUGCCGCAACAAGAUCUUUUGGCGCACAAAAAUUUGAAAGCGUUCGUGAUGCAAGGCGGCGUUCAAUCGCUUGAAGAGGCGAUAAGUCGAGCAGUUCCAAUGGUAGUUGUGCCGUUCUUUGGAGAUCAAGAGUAUAAUGCGAAUAAAGUACAGGAUUUGGGAAUUGGAUUGAAAACGGAAUUGACAGCAGAGAGUUUGACAUCCGCCAUUUUGGAAGUUGUGCAAAAUCCAAGAUACAAACAAAAAGUGACAACUCUCAGCAAGCGCUUGACAGACACGAUGAAACCUCCUGUCGAAACCGCCGUUUGGUGGAUCGAGUACGCCAUCCGUAACAAAGGAGCCGAACACAUGCAAUACCAAGGCAAACAUUUAUCAUCUUUCGAGUACUUUUUACUCGACAUCAUCUUCAUUCACGUCUUCCUUCUUUCCCUAUUCAUCUUCGUCGUGGUCAAAUUUUGCUGUCGCCGAAAAAAAUCUGAAACAAAAACGACAAAAUUGAAGCGUAAAUAG